AUGGUUUUCCCACGAAGAACCCUGCAUUCAACAAGAGCAAUAAAAAAGCCGUUUAUUCCCCACCACCAGGCCUUCUUCCAAAGGUGGGUUGGGAUAAAAUCCUACACAACCCACAACAGCAGAAACGGCAGCACCUCGUUGAAAAAAAAGGCUUUGGCGCCACUGCACGUUGAUCACUUUAAACUGGCACAAGCGUUACGCACUUUUCUCUGGCAUGUGGAAGAUUCGUGGUUUCACAACAAAGCCAAACAGAGUAGCAACCGGCAACUCACCACCUCCUUUAAGGGCAGGAGGGCUUUAUAA